AUGACAGCCGCCGUAGCUCCAAUACCACCACCUUUCUUCUCCCCUUACCUGGACGAUCAGUGCAACAAGAUCAACUCGAAGCCUGUACCAUGGGAGGGAUAUCAGCGAGCGAAACUACUCUCAGCUGACGAGUUGUCUCUUCUCAAAUCACUGAACAAGCUGCCCCAAGGCCAACGCUCGACGGUAUUUGCUACUCAAGGUCAACAAUAUGCCAAACUGUACAUCGACCUGCUCAGAAAAUUACAAAGGGUCGACACAGUCCAAGCUGUCCUAGUAUCGAUCAACGAUAUGUUACAAUCUGAUCCAGCGACUAUAUCGUUGUAUCACAACUUACCCUCGGCGGAAAACCCUGAAGAUCCUUAUGGACCUUUGGUUAAGUGUCUGUCAAUGGAAGAGGAGUUUGCUGUGUUGGGUUCAUUGAGGAUUCUGGCUUUGCUCAUAGCGACCGAUCCCAAACCAUUUCCUCAAUCCCUCAUUUCCACCUUGCUGGGUUCACUCCAAACUUUGCUGAAUGGUACUAGACAACCAUUAUGGGAAGUAGCCGCUCAAGUAUUGAGCGCUAUACUCGGUAGAAAGCAAUUUAGACAAGCUGUAUGGGACGAGGAGAGCUGCAUUUCUGGCCUCGUCAAAUCCUUGAAAACCAACCCAAACCCCCAAGCUCAAUAUUGGGCUAUAAGCAGUAUCUGGCAAUUAUCAUUCGAGCAAACUGCCGCAGAAGGUUUAGAUAAGAAGUUUGAUAUAGUAGCGAUCUUGACCAACGUCGCUAAAGGAGCGGUCAAAGAGAAAGUUCAAAGAGUCGUUGUUGCUACUUUGAGAAAUCUACUCGCUAUCGCGCCGUCGCAGAAUCUACCUUCCAUGUUCGUAGCUAAAUUGUUACCGUUUGUGAUAUCUCUCCAAUCGCGUAAAUGGUCAGAUGAAGAGAUCGUGGAGGAUCUGGAUUAUCUGAAAGAAGAGCUGAAGACUCGUUUGGAUGGUCUAAGCACGUACGACGAAUACAUCUCGGAACUCGAAUCAGGUCACUUAGUCUGGUCACCUGCUCAUGAGACUGAGGAUUUCUGGAAAGAGAAUGGUAUGAGGAUCGGCCAAGAGGCUGAUGGUAAAGCUAUCAGACGACUGAUCGAGCUGUUGACUACCUCAAAAGAUCCUUUGGUAUUAGCUGUUGCUUUGCACGAUAUUGGUCAAUUUAUAAAAUGGGGUGGUGACAAGUCUAAGAAGACAAUCGACAAUUUCAAUGGAAAAACCAAAGUCAUGGAACUUAUGGGACACGAAAAUGCCGAUGUCAGAUAUCAAGCUUUGAUGACCGUCCAACGAUUGAUGUCACAACAUUGGACAAAGUAA